UGUAUAUCAGAUCCGAACAUCACGUAGAAUAAACAACAUGACCUCCUGCUUUUCCCGUAUCCCAGUCAUCGACCUCUCCCUCGCCUCUUCCCCAACAGGCCGGGCAGACCUCCUCUCGCAACUCCGCCAUGCCGUCACGGCAAUCGGCUUCCUGUACAUCUCCAACCACGGCGUCCCGGAGAAAGUCAUCACGGACCUGGUAGACAUCCUUCCCGUCCUAUUCGCACUCCCCCGCAAAGCCAAGGAUGAGGUGGAGUUGAGCAAUUCUCCGCAUUUCUUGGGGUACAGCAAGGUUGGCGCGGAGAUGACGGCGGGAGCCAAGGAUCGGAGGGAACAGUUCGAGUUUGCAACCGAGUUACCUGAUAGAUGGGGAGAAGCAAGUGGCAGUGGUCGACCAGGAUAUGAGAGGCUGAAAGGUCCUAACCAGUGGCCAUCCCAACCCCCCCAUCUUCGACGCAUAGUAGAAAGAUACAUCGAAGAACUCACGAACCUCGGAACCCGCUUCCUACGCCUAGUUGCAGAAUCCCUCUCCCUACCCGCAGAGACCUUCUUCCCCUUUCUCUCGGAGCAGCACCGUCUCAAACUCGUCCGUUACCCGGCAUCAGCAUCACCGACAGGAUCAGACACAGAAUCGACAUCCACACAAGGCGUAGGCCCGCACAAAGACUCCUCCGGCUGGUGGACAUUCCUCCUCCAAGCCUCCCCCCCAAAGGUCAAGGGCCUCCAGGCCCUCAACAAAGCCGGCGGGUGGAUCGACGUCCCCGUCAUCCCGGGCACAUUCGUCGUGAACAUCGGCCAGGCAUUCGAAGUCGUCACGAACGGCAUCUGCAAAGCCACCACCCACAGAGUCGUAUCCGGUCCACUGGAGCGGUUCAGCGUGCCCUUUUUCCAGGGCGUGCGGGGAGAUCUUACCAAGGCCGAAGCGGUGGGGACGCUGCGGGAUAAGUUCGCGUCGAUGGGUAUGCUUGAACCUGCGGAGAGUGAGGAGGGGAGGAACAUCGAUUCGGCGUUUUUGAGGGGGAAGUAUGAUACUUGGGGUGAGGCGCAGUUAAGGACUAAGAUACGUAGUCAUAGGGAUGUAGGGGUGAGGUUUUAUGGGGAUGUUUAUGAGAGGUAUAUUCAUGAUGAUUGAUGCUUCUCUUUUCACAUUUAUAUAAGAUAAGAUUGAAUUUCCC